UAUAAUCUCUUUUCACUUGGUUAGCUCUCAACAAUUAAGACGCCGAAGAUGCAAUUCGCUAAUUACACUACGCGAAGUAAUGGUCUCAAUUAAACUCGUUGGUAUUAUUACCAAUUGGUCGGAGCGCAAACUGGUAAUUUAAGUUCGAGUAUUAAUUGUAUGUAUCUUGCAGCUUUUUUAUCUAAACAUACUCUCUCCAAAGUCUCAACAAGAUCAUUCUUUCUAAUCAAACAGAUUUUGUUAUUUGUUCUUACAAGUGUAACUUUGUUUAACCGAUUAGAAUUUUCUUUUCAAAACAAUUAAUUUACUAUUUUUCUCCUUACAUUGAAAUUUUACUAAAAUACUUCAAAAAUUUAAUCACCAAGAAAAAAUACAGCCUUUACAUAUGCUUAAGACAUCUAUAAACGUUUCCAUUUGCAAAGAUUCAAUGGCGAGUUCCCUCGCUCUAAGUUUCAAAAAGCUAUCAUUAAACUCCAGUAACUCGUCAAACUCCCAAUCUUCUAGACCACCUACCGAUGAAAAUUAUACGCUGACUAUUAUUUGCCCUUUAAAAGCACCGUUUUAUAUUGAACUUCCCAAGAAAUCAACCUUGCGUGACCUUCACAUUGAAGUUUCAGCACGUCUUUCCCUUUCACGGUCCAUUUUCAAACUUGCAACUAAAACUAGUAAAAACAUUCCAGAUAAUUUGACUUUCUUUUCCGAAUUCGGGCUAAAAAAUGGGGACACAGUUUAUCUCAACGUGAACAUUCAAAGCGGGUUUAAAUUCAAUCUGGCAAAAUGUUCACCCGCACGCAAAGCGGUUCGGCGACACGUUUUGGCCAUGACUCCAGAGCAGGUUCGAGACUUUUUCGAAGCUAAGCACGUGAUUGCGAUUCAAGUUCCCUACGGAGGCGGAAUUGGAACUCUGUCUUUUCACUUGGAAGAACCUCUGAGUCAAGAUCCCGCCUUCUACCAUGGAAACCUGCUACGGAUGUUCCACGUAGGUCAGACUCGGCUACUUCAUUCGAUUCUGAUGUUGGGAGAGGGAUCCUUCAAAGGCAAAUACAACGGAGAUCUGAAUGCGGCUGAUUUUACUUCAAAAGGAGUUCCUGCUAAGACGGUGGACACUUUGAUAACGAUUCUUGAAGGAUUUCUUAAGACGGUGCACAAGCUGUAGAAACUUUUAAACCAUGGUCAAAACUUUCAUUUAAUCAUUUUGUUUGAAUUGAAUUAAUUGUGGUGCUUAUCCAUGAGCCGUGAGCCGUUUGGACUUUUGUUUGAUGUCUACUUUUUAACGGUUAUUUCGAUUCACCCCAUCGAUACCUGCUUUUCUUCGUCCAUAUAUCCAACUUCCUAUUUCUAGGGCAGGUUGUAUUCAAGAUUGCAGUUUUACUUUCAUAUAUUUCUUUUUGAUAGUGAUGCUUCUCAUUUCUUUGGAGUUCAACUCGAGUUUUUUGCUGAUCUCUUUUGAGUUAUAAGAUUGGAGGAGGUAGGGAGGGGGGAGACAGAACUAAUUAACCGAAGCUACAACUUUCAUAUCGAGUGGCACACUUUGCUAAGUUCAUAAAUUCAAUUGGUAGAUUUGAUCUUCUAAUGCGUCAUAAGCGAUAAAGCUCGCCUCAAUACUACUUGUAGAGCAUUACGAAAAAUUUUGAAGAAGCAGUGACACGUUUCAUUUUAUUGUAUAGUUAGUUUCUCUAUUGUUUUCGUUAUGCUUUCAAUCAUAGCAAAAACUAAACGUUCAAUAAAAUAUCUUGUACUGCUAGUAUUCUUUCUGGGAGUUUAUACCUUUGACUGGAACCAAUCGGCAUGGAAAUUCAAAAACUUCCGCACCAAAAGUCAGCAGAUGCUCCCUGGUCGGAAAUUGUGGGAACUAAACUCUGUUGAAAAAAAUUCACUGGUCGGCGAGCAGGAUCAUCUCAAACCCACUUUUUCCCAAGUGACCCAGAACCGCGAUGAAACGUGGGCGAGUUUCGCCGAUCAGUUUCAAGUUUCUCCGCUGGUUAAAUUAGCGAUCUCAAAAUUAGAUUUCAAAAAUUGCGUGGGGCACUCAAGCAAAACAGAUGAUCCGAUUUUGAAACUUGACGCGACAGAUUGCGUUUUAUUUUGUGCCAGUCGAAACUACAAAAGAAUUAAUAUACGAGUUGACGAUGAGGCUACCUGUUUUUGCUCGAAUCUAACAGAGAGAAAAGCAGUUGGUUGCAAGUCGGAUAGAAGUUACCGGUCAUACGAUGUAGAAAAGUUCCCAAAAAUACUGGUUCAGAAUGAAUCCUACGUUGGGUGCCUUCUCUCUGAAUUUAAGUCUGGUUCAGACAGCAAUUGGACAACUUCAAGGAUCGCUAGCGGAUCGGUUGGUCAGUCGCGUUUUCAGAACAGCACUGGUGAAGAACUCUGUGUUAACACGUGCAACGAUGAAAAGAAGCCCGUUGCUUUAACAACGAUCAAAUCAUCAGAUGAACAAAUGUGUUCAUGCAGCUCGAAUAUGAUCACAGCGUUUCAGAGCAUUGAAACGGUCACUCAAAUGGGAUGCUCUCAAAGAAUUCACGUGACUCCUUCUGCAUAUUCAGUUUGCAAAAAGGCGGAUUUUCUCACAGAAGAUGGCAGAAAAGGCACCAAAGAAGGUAAGAAGGUGCCCAGGGUUGGUGUUGUCUCAGUGCCUGGAGCAGGAAGCCACUGGAUCCGGACAUUGUUCCAGAAAAUGAGUGGAAUUUACUCAGGCAGCUGUUACUACGCUCAGGAGAGUAGAAAGUAUGGGCUCAUGGGGGAGUUUAAGCCGUGGCAGUCUAACACGACCACUUUCAUCAAGAGCCAUGAGAUAGAAGACCCGUUCAUUUCUUCCCUGGAAAAGAUCAUUGUGUUAACUAGAAAUCCUUUGCGAAGCUCCUUGGCUCAAUUUGCCCGGUCACGAGUGAAGAUAAUGAAUGCUCCCGCGUCAGCCAGGGCGUUCACAUCGAAAGAUCAUUUUCUGGAAGUUAGUGGCCGUGAAAAUCAAUUCAAAGGGCAGUUUGAUUCCAUUUUAAAAUCUCAGACCGAAAGAACGAUAAAACUUACAGAAUACGGGAAGCCAAUGUUGAUCAUUUCUUACGAAGAUUUGAUGGAAAAUCUACAUUUGCAGCUUCUGAGAAUUGCACAUUUCCUCGAAUUGGACAAUGACGCUACUGUAUGGCAGAGAUCUUUUUGUGCUGUGUUAGACGCUAACUCAAAUACAGGAAAACGACAGCAAAAAGUUGAUUUGGGCGAGGAAGCCUUGAAUCUCAUCAACAGAACCAGUGCAUACAACAUUUUGGAUGAUUUUGACAAGAAGUUAAGAAUGAUCAAGCUUCACUAUUUGAGGCCGCAAGAUUACCCUGCUUAGGGGCGGAAUUUUUGGGAAAAUAAACAGCAAUGCUGCUUUAGGGGGUAAAUGUGGAUUUUGGACGCACUGUGUUAAUCAUACACUGUUUUGAAAU